UGAGCAAUACCUUCUAUAUUCCUUAUAAUUCAUGACUGGUCCAUAAAUCGCUUAUAAAUUACAAGAGUUUAAAUAUAUAAGGAAACAAAAUGUUGAUGUACGUUUUUCAAUUAAAUCAUUAUAUUUAUUUUAUUUUAUUCAUUUGGAAAAAUCAGAAAUUUUAUUAUAUUGGAAUAUUAAAUUUAAUUUUGGUUUGAUUUAAUAUAAUGUUUAAAUAUCUCUCGCGCAGCUUACGUCACAGUUUACAACCACACUCUAUGUAUGUGUCAUAUAAUGAUAAGUUAUAAAGUUCAAUGUUUUGUCUGUUAAAAGUGUUAUUUUUUCCAUGAAUAUUGUUAUCUAUCAGUAUAAAAAAAUGAUAUUUACCAUUAAGCAAUGACACAUUUACAAGAUACUUGAUUGAUUGAUUCAUCUUAGAUAUUUAUGAUAAUUAGGUCUUGAAGGAAAUUCCAUAUAUAUAUUAUAAUUAUUUAUAAAAAGAAAAUGUCGGGAGGAGAACGAAAAAAACGUGCUUGUGAUAGAGGACAAGGUUGGGAAGAGGCUGGUGCUGAAUUUUAUCAAGAAAGUUAUCCUGCAGCUAUUGAAGCAGAUUUACAACAAGCAUUACAAAGAGAUCCUUCUCAUAUUGCAACUUUACUUCCAAGUAAAAAGUCUCGUGUUGCAACUGGUAAACGAAUACGUAAUGAUACAAAAACAACAUUAAGAAGACGUACUAGUACAAGAUCUCGUGGUACAACAACAUCAAGACGUAUGUCAACAAAUAUUCAUGAUGCAGCAGUUUCUAUGUUACCAGAUUUAUCUGAAAAUUUAUCUAAUGAAGAACGUACUUGGGAAGAAAUUAUGCAAAUUAAAGCUAUGCCUGUAUGCAUGGCACAAAAAAUACAAUUGAAAAAUCAAUUACAAAGUGCUACAAAAUUAAGAUUACAAGGUUUUGAACAAUUAAAAUGGCAACGAAGAAAAGCUUGGCAACAAUUUCGUAUUAGAAUGAAGGAAACAUAUUCAAAAAUGGAAUUAUGGAAUGAUAGUCUUAAAACAAUUGGUGGAAAUUUUGGCAUGGGAAUAGUUGCAUACUUUUUAUUUAUCAAGUGGUUAAUGUAUCUUAAUGUACUUUUAUUUACAAUUAUGUUUUCAUUUAUUAUAUUACCUGCAAUAUUAUUGGAUAUACCAGAAGAAGAAUUAUGCAUAAAUUCUAAUAAUAGCAAUAGUAUAUCUUGCUGUUCAGAAUUAUAUCAGAAUAUAACUCAUGAAAGUAAUAGCAUAACAGACAUCGGUAUCUUAGAAUACACUUUAUUAUUUUAUGGUGUAUAUAGUCAUAUAACUUAUGAUACUUCUGGCAUAUUUUUUAAUUUACCAUUAUCUUAUAUUUCUGCCACUAUUGGUAUAUUUAUUCUUAGUUUAAUAGCUAUUGUUAAAUCAGCUGCUAAAAGUUUCAAACAGAGGGUAAUUGAAAAUGAAGGCCAAUUUUAUCAAUAUUGUAAUUUAAUUUUUGGUGGUUGGGAUUAUUGUAUACAUAAUGAAAAAUCUGCAGCAGUAAAACAUAAAGCAUUAUAUAAUGAAAUGAAAGCAUUUUUAGAAGCUGAAAGACUAGAAGAAGAAAGACAAAAUCGAACAAGAGAAGAAACAACAAAAUUAUUUUUUAUGCGUUUAUUUAUUAAUUUAAUAGUUUUAACAGUAUUAUGUGGAUGUGGUAUGCUUAUUUAUUAUAUAUUUGAAUUUUCUUUCAAUCAAAUUUCAACACAAAUCGAUCAAACAUAUGACUUACAGUAUUUAUCUUUAAGUAGAAUUGCUCACUUAUUUUUCGAGUUUCUUCCAUAUAUAUGUAUUGUUGCUUUAAAUCUUGCAAUACCAUUUUUAUUUCGAUAUUUAGUUUCUUUAGAAAAUUAUAGUCCUUCAUUUGUUAUAAACAUAACUCUUCUCCGAACUGUUUUUUUACGACUUUCUUCUUUGAUUGUUUUACUCACUUCAUUUUAUAGAUUAAUUGUAACAGAAGUAAUGGAUAAUGAGUGUACUAAUACUGCUAAUAGGCGACCCUUGUGUUGGGAAACAUUUGUAGGACAACAAUUUUUCAAACUCUAUAUCACUGAUCUUUCUCUUCAGUUUUUCAUGACAUUUUUUGUCAAUUUUCCUAGAUCACUAAUAGCUAAACAUACAGAAAACAAAAUAUUACGUUUUUUCGGAGAACAAGAAUUUGAUUUAUCUAAGCAUGUGUUAGAUGUUGUUUAUUUACAAACUGUUUGUUGGCUUGGUUUCUUUUUUGCACCUUUAUUACCAUUAGUUGCAAUAAUUGGUACUUUUUUGUUAUUUUAUAUAAAAAAGUUUGCAUGUUUGGUAAACAGUAUUCCUUCAAGUAAAGUUUAUAGAGCAAGUAAAUUAAAUGCAUUUUUUAUGUUGGUUUUAUUAAUUUCUUUUAUUUUAUCUACAAUACCAGUUGGUUAUUCUAUUGCUGAAAUUCUACCAUCAAAAUCUUGUGGACCAUUUAGAGGUUUUAGAUCUGUAUGGUCAUUAUUAAUUGUGACAUUUGCAGAAUUUCCUGAUUGGCUUCAAUCUAUCUUAUAUUUUCUUAGUACUGCUGGAUUUGGUGUACCAGCUUUUGUUAUUCUUACUUUACUUUUAUAUUAUUAUUAUGCUGUAUCGAUAGCAAACAAACAUAUGGUAACAGUUUUAAAAAAUCAAUUAGUACUAGAAGGUCAUGAUAAACAAUUUUUACUUAACAGAUUGAGUGCAUUUAUUAAACAACAACAAGAUCAGAAUAAAUAUCAUCAAGAACAAGCAAAUGAAUUAGGCACAUUUUCAUAAUCAAUAUUAUAUAUGAACAUUGAAAUUUUUACAUAAUCUCUAAAACGCACAGAUUUAAAAAAAUAUUUAAUAUAAUCACAUUUAAUACAAUUUAAUAUAAUAAAUACUUUUUUGUUAGCAUUUAUUACAUAAUAAUAAUAAAACUAGUUUGAUUUAUUUUUUUUUUUUAAUAUUGAAUUGAAGGAAAAAGAUGUUUAAGAUAUAAUUUUUAAUUUAAAAAUAUCUAAAAUAAGUUUUUAUAUUUAUUAUUAAAUAUUAUUAUUUAAAUUUUUAAUAUAUUUAAUUUUAAAUGUGUUAAAAAAUAAUACUUAAAAAUCAGGGUACAAAAUGAAAACCGUGCAAUAGUAGAAAGAAUUACAGAUUAUUUAUUAUGUACAUCUAGUUUUAAUAAUUGUAGAAGAGGCUAAGAUACAGUAUAAUAGUAGAUAUAAGAAUAUUUUUUCUUUCUUAAAUAGUUUUUUAUAAAAUUUUAGAUAAAAUAAUGUAAUCAAUUUUUUUUUAUAGGAAAACAAGAUAUUAUUUACUUUUUAAUUUUAUAAAUAAACAUUAGGGUGCUUUUGCUAAAAUAAAGUAAAGUGAUAUAUGAUGGACCUAUUUUUAGAUUAGCUGGGUAUUAGAAAUAUGAUUGUAAAUAGAUUGUGUAGGUUAAUCAAAUGAUCCUUAAUAAUAAAAACACAUUUUAUAAUGA